AUGUGUAAAGACUUCAUUGUUGAAAAGUAUGAUUGCAGCGACUGGCACGUGAAAGUCAAAAACGAGUUACGCAAGAUACAACUCAUCUUCCAAAAAUGCGAGGCGGCACAGCGACGUGAAGCCAUGGAGUUUCAACGCUUAGGCGACGACGCUCGUCAUAUACAGGGAUUGGGUAUUUGCAAUGGAAUUAAAAUUCCAAUCCCGGAUCCCAUUCCUAUAACAUUGCCACGAGCAUGUCCAGACUGCGAGAAGAAAGCGCUGGAAGCUGCGAAGCGUUCAAGGGAAGCGGACCUUGAACGAAUCAGAACAGAAUCACAACCUCAAGAACUCCCAGCAGCUCCGGGACCGGCGCCAAAAGAAGGGACAGAUGAGGUUGCAGGAGCGAGAAUGACUGAAAAAUUUGUAAUCUGGGAUAUUGGUGGAGGAGGAAGAGAAGCUUGGAUCAAAGAUGACUCUGACAAUGAGCCAAAAAUCAAGGAAGAAAGUCCCGACACAUCGCGCCCCGCAGGUCCUAGCGGAAGCGGAAAAAGACACAGAAGCAGAAAAUAG